ACCUAAUAACUGAAUGCCUCCUUUAUUGCUGACAGGAUUUCAUGAUUUCAUGACUUUAUAAGCCCUAUAAAUGUUUGUGUUUCGAAUACUUUACAGUUACACAAUGCAAAUAUUUAACUUUCAUACAUUUUCUCUAUAUUUUUUUUAACUCAAUGGUAACAAACCUCUUUGAUAGCACAAGUGUCUUUUCUGUUAGUCUUUCAUUUUUGUAAUUAUUUCAAGGAUAAGAACUUUGGGUUCUAGCAUUCCCAGACCAUUUACAUGCACAAAAACCUAUAACACACUACAGGAAAGGGAAAACCCCCCAAAUCAGAAUAAGGCCUCAUAUAUAGACAUUACAAUUAUAACUUAACGAUAGUUUAUAUAUACAGUCUAUGAUUGCGACACAUGCCUGUAUAAAACAAGUGAGAGAUGGCUCUUCUGUGAUUUCAGUGCUACACAUAUGAUUUCACCAUGAUGGAUCUGGUAACGUUUGAGAAGGAGAACUGUGAGCGUAUCCAAGCCGUUGAGACUUCAUUCGGCCCGGCAGGGAGGCCUCUAUCCCAGCCAGGGAGAGUUCUGGUGGGUCAGGGUUGUCUCACAAAGCAAGGGCGUAGGAAGCCAGAGCCUAAAGUUUUCUUUCUGUUCAACGACAUGCUGGUGUACGGCAGCAUCAUCCUGAACGGCCGCUGGCACAAAAAACAGAAAGUCAUCCCUCUAGAGGACAUCAUGCUAGAGGACCUGGAAGACAAGGAGGGAUUGAGUAACAAAUGGCUGGUCCGUAUACCAUGCAAGUCGUUUUUUGUGUCCGCAGAUUCGCUCGAAGACAAGCAGGCCUGGAUGGAGCUCAUUGGAAACUGCCCGUUAAAUCUUCUGCAGCGGCGUGGCAGCCAACACGGAUCCACUUUUGAGCCGCAUAAAUGUAUGCGCUGCUUCAACAACUUCACUCACAUCAAACGCCGACACCACUGCCGGAAAUUUGGCUUUUUGGUCUGCAAUGCAUGCUCCAAGCAGCGAGCAGUGAUAGACCACAUUCACAUGCUACAGUGUAGUUAUGGCAAUGGAAAUCUUAGGUCACAGGCUCCUAGCAGGAAAUAAAGCUUGUUCAAGGUUUGUGUGAAUACCUUUGUCAGUUAGUGACGGAUGCAUCUACACAAAGAAAAUAUCACAUUUCACACUCUCUACAGGGCAAACAAUUGGGGGAGGGGUAGACACAUAGACACA